AUGGAAGGGGAACCGUGGCUCCGGCGAGAGCGGCGCCGCGGAGGCAGGACGGGGCUCAGGCGGCUCUGGCUCUACUGUCUGUGCUGCUGCGCCCUGCUGUUCCUCAUUGUUACUUUGCAGGUGGUGGUUGAGCUCGGACAAUUUGAAAGGAAGAAAGUGAAAAUUGAGAGUGUGCACAGAGACGGACUGGAGCUUUGGGAUCAUGUGAAGGAAACAAAUAAUUCACCAAACAACGUGAAGAAAUCUUCAGAUGUGGACAUCCAACAUCCCAUUAUUAUCUGGUGGUCACCACUGACUGGUGAAUUGGGCCGAUUAGGCCAGUGUGGAGCAGAUACCUGUUACUUUACCAUAAACAGGACUUACCAAGAUCAUCACAUGACACGAGCAUUCCUCUUUUAUGGCACUGACUUCCAGGUCAACAGUUUACCGUUGCCUCGGAAACCGCAACACGCAUGGGCCUUGUUCCACGAGGAGUCACCUAAAAACAAUUACAAGCUUUUUCACGAAGCCGCAGUCACGUUAUUUAAUUACACUUCCACAUUCAGCCGCCACUCUCAUAUGCCCUUAACCACCCAGUAUUUGGAGAGCAUCGAGGAGUUGAAAUCUCAUAAGUACUUGAUCCCACUGUCUCAGAAGAAUCGGCUGAGGGAGCACCUGGCGCCAUUAGUGUAUGUGCAGUCUGACUGUGAUCCACCUUCAGACAGAGACAGUUAUGUGCGGGAAUUGAUGAAAUACAUCCCGGUCGAUUCUUACGGGGAAUGUUUACAUAACAAGGACCUUCCGAGUAGCCUGAAGGAUCCCACAACCAUGGACGAUGAUGGAUUUUAUAAGAUACUUGCUCAAUACAAAUUUAUUCUCGCUUUCGAGAACGCAGUUUGUGACGAUUACAUCACUGAGAAGCUGUGGAGACCUUUCAAACUGGGAGCGGUCCCGGUUUAUUAUGGCUCCCCAAGUAUAGCAGACUGGCUUCCCAGUAAUAAAAGUGCCAUCCUUGUUGGAAGCUUUUCACAUCCCAAGGACUUGGCAGAGUACAUAAUGCAAUUGGACGGGAAUGACCAGUGGUACGAGGUCUUCCUCGAGUGGAAAUGGAAAGGCCCAAUCUCCAAUAAGAAGCUACUGACUGCUAUGAAAGAACGCAAGUGGGGAGUUCGAGAUGUUUCCCGGGACAACUACAUUGAUGCCUUUGAAUGUCUGGUGUGCAACAGAGUGUGGGAAAACCUCAGAAGAAAGCAAGAGGGCUUAUCGCCAAUUCAGUGGCGGGCACAAGCCAAUCACCUCUGCUGCCCAGCACCAGAGGCAUUCACUUUCUUGCCACCCUCGACGGGCAGGACAGCAGUCCGGGAUUUGUGGAUGCCGAGCUUCCACCAGUCAAAACGAGAAGCCACUGCAUUGAGACACCUGGUGGAGCUGAACCAAAACUUUACAACUGAGAAGUUCUGGAGGAUGGUGUUCAAGGAACAACUUUAA